AUGUAUCGUACAUUGUUAAAACUUCAUAUUCAUCUUAAAAAUCGUGUACUUGAUUUAUCGUAUUCCUAUGGAUUUUUUGUUGCUGAUCAUUCACUUUAUGUUAUUUUAAUUUGUUUUGGUGUAUUUCUUCUUAGUUUAUUUCAAAUAACUACUAAUGUUCCACCACCUGGUAGUACAUUAGAAAUUUUUGCUGAAACAUCAAAAUCAUUUCGACCUGUUCGUGCUCGAUUAGAAUUAAAUACAAGUGAUCAAUUACAUGACAAACAACCAGAUAAACCAUUAUGGUAUUCUGGUUAUCCACUUGCUUAUGUUCAACAUAUUGUUAUACGAUGUUCAACAUUAACAUCUCGUACAUCAUGUCUUUUACGUGCACGUGAUAUUCAUGAUCGUCUUUUUGCUGAUUCACAAUUUGAUACAAAUUGUUUAAGAGUUGGUGAACCAAUAAAUGCACAACAAAUGAUGUUAUAUUUACCAUCAUAUGGUUGUCUUUUUCUUUCUCCAUUAAAUCUUUGGUCAAAUGAUAUAUUAAAUAUAAGAAAUAAUGAACGAGAAAUUCUUGAAACAAUUCCAUCAUUAUCAAAACGUUAUACAGAUAUUAUAUUUGGUAUUCCACAAGAAUAUUUUUCGUCAAAUAAACCAUUAACAUAUGCAGUAACACUUUUAUUAAAUAAUGCAUCAAAUGACUAUCGACAAGAUUUAAAAAAACGAUUAUCUGCUUUAGAUGAACAACAACAAGAUGAUAUAAUACAUAUUUAUUUUUCAAGAAAAUCUCUUCUUUAUUAUCUACCAUUAGUACUUAUUUAUAUUGUUGUUUUUCUUUAUAUUUAUUAUUCAGUUAGUCAAUUCGAAUGUGUGAAAUCUAAAUGGGGUCUUGCAUUGGCAGCAACAGUACAAAUUGUUGUUUCUUUGUUAAUAUCAUUAGCAUUAUCAUCAUUGUUUCAUAUGACACCACGUCUUGAUGGUGGUGAAGUAUUUCCAUACUUAGUUAUAUUUAUUGGUUUGGAAAAUUUAGUUGUAUUAACACGUGCAGUUACAUCAUCACAAGCACAAAAACAAUAUGAUGAUAUACGUGAACGUGUUGCACAUGCACUUCGUGCUGAAUCAUGGACAAUAUCAAAACAUUUAGUUUAUGAAUUAGUUAUUGUUAUGAUUGGUUUUAUAACAUAUGUUCCAACGGUUAGAGAAUUUUGUCAAUUGGCAUUAAUUGGAAUUUUAAUUGAUUUUUUAAUGCAAAUUAAUUUUUGGUUAGCAGUUUUAAGUAUUGAUAUUCGAAGAUUUACAGUUGGAGUUGGAAAAAAGAAAAAUAGAAAUUUAGAACAAGAAAAACAAGAAAUUAAAGUUUCAUUACCUAUGAGAAUGCCUUAUGUAAUAAAUAGACGACAACAACAAUCUCAAUGGGCUAGAUAUAGAGUUUUACAACGUGGAAGUAUGUUUAUUGUUCUUAUUUGGGUUAUUCUUAUUUUUUAUAAAUCAUGUUUAAUUGUUGAUUUACUUCAUAAAAAUGUACAAAUAAAUCGAGAACAAAUUAAAGGUUUUGUUCCAGAAAAAACGCUUAAUGAACAUUAUGGUUCAUCAUUUAAUAAUCCAUAUGAUUCACAUAAUAAUGUUGAAGAUCAAAUGAUGAAUAAUGUAUCUUUACCUAAUUAUGAAUGGCAAACACUUUUAUCAUAUGAUCAUUGGUCAACAUUAUUUUCUUUUUAUAAUAUUUCAUACGAUAAUCGUUAUUUAACUAUAAUGCCAUCGAUUUAUUUACCAAUGAUUUCUUCUGAAGAUCGAAAAUUAGAUGUGACAACAAAAGCUGCUGAUUAUAAAGUAACCCAUCGACCUUUAAUUGAUGCAACAAUAACAAGUACAAGUAAUUCAUUGAUUGAUGGCCGAUUUUCAACAGCUCUUUGGGAACUUUUUUUUAUUGUUUUAUUUGGUUUAACAUUAUUUAGUAUUGUUUAUUUUUGGUUUUCUACAUCAUCAUCUUCAUUACAUUCAAAUCAUAAUCGAACAUUAUCUUGUAUUAAAAGUGAUCAUUCAAUUGUUCCAACAAUAUUAAUACCUCCAUCAUCUACAUUAUUAAUUGAAUCGAUGUGUGUACAUGAAAAUGGUACAGUUGUUUGUGUAGCAUAUUCCGAUGGUUCAAUUUCUAUGUGGAAUCCUCAAACAAGUGGUAUUAUUUUAACACAACAAAGAUAUUCAAUAACAUCAACUGAAAAACUCAUCAAUCAUGUUUGGUGUUCAUUAAUGAUCGAUGAACAUCGAUGUUUAUUUGGUUGUUCAAAUGGUCAAAUAGAAAUUUAUCCAAAUAAUUCAUUAUCAAAAAAUUUGAUAUUAUGUCAAAAUGAUCUUGGUGGUAUAACACAUCUUAUACGAGCAUCAUCAACAUUAAUAAUAAGUACAACACGUCGAGGUUAUUUAAUUGCAUUUGAAUAUAUAAAUGGUUUAAUAAAACAAAUUUAUAUUAAAAGAUUACAUCAAUGGCCAAUACGUGUUUGUCGACUUGAUUUUAAUUCUGCACUUAUAUUCACUGGUAGUGAUGAUCAUUCAAUCAAAGUUACUAAUGUUUCAAAUGGUUCGUGUUUACAUAUUUUACAAAAACAUCAAUCACCUAUUAAUUGUCUUGCUCUUGAUCCAUAUCAUCCAACAACAUUGGUAAGUGGUUGUUUUAAUGGAACAUUAUGUGUUUGGAAAGGAAAUGAUCUUAUUCAAACAAAUAUCAAUGCACAUCCAUUAUCAAUAAUAAUUGAUUUAAAUUUUUGUGGUCAUUCAUCAAAUAUAAUAAGUCUUGGUACAGAUAAACGUUUAUGUAUAUGGACAUAUUCAAGUUUACAACUUCUUUAUGAAUUAAAUGAUAUAACAUCAAAUUGUUUUACUAUACAUCGUACAAAUUAUUUAUUUUAUACAAAAUUAAAUUCUCUUUUUAUAUAUGAUACACUUAAUCAAAGAAAAAUAUCAACAAGACAAUUUUUAAUUCCAUUUCUAAAUGAUAUUAAUCGAGAUGAAACUGAAAUGAAUAUUGACAAACUUAUUUAUUCAUCACAAACAGAAACAUUGAUACUACAGAAUUCGGAUAUUAUUUAUGCAAUGCACUUACCACAACGUUUUUUUCUUGACCGGUGA